AAGUUACAAUGUUCCCCAAAACAGUCUUUCUUAUACAGAAAAUUUUUUAUAUAUGCUUGAUCAUCUGGCCGAAAAAAACUAUAAACCAAAUCCAACAUUGUCCAGGGCUCUUGAUAUUUUAUUCAUUCUUCAUGCAGAUCAUGAGCUUAAUUGUUCAACGGCGGCGAUGCGUCAUAUUGGCUCAUCACGUGUCGAUCCUUACAGUGCCAUAUCGGGAGCUGCGGCUGCCUUAUAUGGUCCUCUCCAUGGUGGUGCUAAUGAAGCUGUAUUAAGAAUGUUAGAGGAAAUUGGCACGCUCGAUAAAGUGCCGACAUUCUUAAAAGAAGUUAAAGAAAGAAAAAGGAAAUUAUUUGGUUUUGGGCAUAGAAUCUACAAAAAUUAUGAUCCAAGAGCAAAAAUUAUUAGAAAAAUUGCUUAUGAGGUAUUUGACAUCUGUGGUCGUGAACCUCUUAUAGAUGUUGCAAUUGGAUUGGAAAAAGCAGCAUUAGGAGAUGAAUAUUUUAUUCAACGAAAGCUUUAUCCUAAUGUUGAUUUUUACUCUGGGUUAAUUUAUAAAGCCAUGGGUUUUCCAACUGACAUGUUUCCUGUGCUUUUUGCAAUUCCACGAGUUGCUGGAUGGUUAGCCCAUUGGAAAGAAUCAUUAGAAGAUAAAGAUUCUAAAAUUUGGAGACCAAGACAAGUUUAUGUUGGCCCCACUGUUAGAUCAUAUGUUCCUUUGGACCUUCGAGAAUCUGAUGAUAAUAUUUCUGGAGCAAAAGUACUGCAUCCAUUUAGUAAAAGAACAUCAGUCGCCACAUUUGAUGAAAAGACUCAAUCAAAACUAUAA